AUGGAGAUUCCUAAUCUUCUUGGCUUUGUAGUGAUUCUGAGGGAAUCCAUUAAUCUUCUCCCCAGAAAUGGGAAGCUCAUGGCCUGCAUAACCUCAAUUUACCUUCUCUUCUACUCGCUCUUCUUCUUGGCCUUCAGUUUCGCCUCCAAAUCCUUAUUCCGGGAUAUGCUAAUCAAGGAAUCCAUUAUCCCCAUCUCAACUCCAAACUCCUCCGAUUUCACAAACGCACUCGAGGGUAUCAGGAAAGAUGCCCUUCUCUCUUUCUUGCUCAACUUCGCCUUCAUAGCCUCUUUCGUCAUUCUCUCUUUCUUUUCCACCAUAGCAACAAUCUUCACCUCCGCUUUUUCUUACUCCGACCAGACCUUAUCCCCCACGGAUAUGCUAUCCCGGAUAAAGAAAUCGUGGAUAAGCCUGUUCAUCACAUGGUUCUACACAACCCUUCUUGUAAUAGGCUACUUCUUCUUUGGCCUAUCCAUGUCCUUCCCUCUAAUGAUGUCUUCCAAUAUCUAUACUAGCAUAGAUAGAGUAAUAUGGUUUGCUAUCUUCGCAUACAUUUUCUACCUUUAUAUAUCCGUAGAUUGGGUUCUGGGCUUAGUUGUUUCAGUGAUAGAAGAGAAUUUGUGUGGACUGGAGGCUCUAGGGAAAGCUGGGAAAAUGGUAAAGGGCAAGAAGUUGCAUGGGUUUUCUAUGAACAUUACGUUUGGUUUAAUGAGUUUGGUUAUAUUCCAAGGUCUUAGGUUAAUUAAGGGAGAAAAGUGGCUGUUUAAUGAAACGGCUUAUAUGUUGGUUAUGGUGAUGUUUUCUGUGUUGUUUAAUGUUUUCCAGUUGGUGGCUUACACUGUGUUGUACUUCCAUUGCAAGAAGAAUAAUGGAGAAGAGGUUGAGCUGCAGGCUGCAAGUGUUGAAUAUGGGAAGCUCCCUUCUCUGCCUUUGAUCAAUGCCACAAACUAA